AUGGCCAAGUCAAUGAAAUUAGAAGGAAAGGCUUUCCGUGGGAAAGCUAAUUCACUCAAUUUGAGUGAAUCCUCAUUCAGUGGUGUGAGGCCUUUUGGGGUCUCUUUACUUGUUGCUGGGUUUGAUGACAAUAGUCCUCAACUCUUCCAGGUCGAUCCAUCAGGCUCAUAUUUCUCAUGGAAGGCCUCUGUAAUGGGAAAGAAUGUUUCAAAUGCAAAAACAUUCCUUGAGAAGAGGUAUACUGAUGAUAUGGAGCUCGAUGAUGCUGUGCACACAGCUAUUUUGACUCUAAAGGAAGGGUAUGUAACUGUUAAACCUACAAAGCCAAAACCGCUAAGGAACUUAUAA